UAUAAAUGCAGCCUGCGGCCAGGCUCGUGCCGCUCUGCAGACGCCGCUGUCCCCUGUAGCUGCUCGCUGUCAGCCAUGGUCAAUCCUACCGUGUUCUUCGACAUCGCAGUCGAUGGCGAGCCUUUGGGUCGCGUCUCCUUCGAGCUGUUUGCAGACAAAGUUCCAAAGACAGCAGAAAACUUUCGUGCUCUGAGCACUGGAGAGAAAGGAUUUGGUUAUAAGGGUUCCUCCUUUCACAGAAUUAUUCCAGGAUUCAUGUGCCAGGGUGGUGACUUCACACGCCAUAAUGGCACUGGUGGCAAGUCGAUCUAUGGGGAGAAAUUCGAGGAUGAGAACUUCAUCCUGAAGCAUACAGGUCCUGGUAUCUUGUCCAUGGCAAAUGCUGGACCAAACACAAACGGUUCCCAGUUUUUCAUCUGCACUGCCAAGACUGAGUGGUUGGAUGGCAAACACGUGGUCUUCGGGAGGGUGAAAGAAGGCAUGAACAUUGUGGAAGCCAUGGAGCGCUUUGGGUCACGGAAUGGCAAGACCAGCAAGAAGAUCACCAUCUCUGACUGUGGACAGCUCUAAUACUUUUCACUUGUGUGCAUCUUAACCACCAGACCAUUCCUUCUGUAGCUCAGGAGAGCACCCUCCGCCCCAUCUGCUCGCAGUAUCCCAUAACCUUUGUGCUCUCGAUGUCUCAAUGCAGUUCUUUGGGUUCCAUAUUCUCCUUACUCCCCUCCAAGUCUAGCUGGAUUGCAGAGUUAAGUUUAUGAUUAUGAAUAAAACUAAAUAGGAACCAUU